AUGCUGUUACGAUACUAUCAAACGAUUCUCAUCUUUAGCUUCUGGAAAAAUGUCAUUUCCCAAUCCUACAAUGACGUGUUUUGUAGAAGAGUGUGGUAUUUCAAUACACCAAGACCAGCCCCAAUUCGCUGCCCAACUCCUUCCUUCUUCACCUAUUACGAUUGUUGUGGGGAUUUUCAAUCGGAAUGCUGUUGGCACAUUCGCCCGGAGCCCAUAUACGUUCUAGUUGCAAUGAUAGUCGCAAUUCUCUUCUGCUGCUGCUUCUGUGCACUAUCCUGGCUCUUCAUGAUGUUCCGCCGAAGGAAAGAAGCGCCCGACGAGAAGCCCGUGAAGAAGGUCGAAGUCAGCACAGUGGACAGCGGAAUCCAAGCCGACGUUCCUUCAGACAAACGACGAUCUUAUGUAGCGGCCAGAGAUCGCGAAUUCGAUUAUCAAUAUUUCACAUAA